AUGAGCAAGAAACCAGCACAAUAUCCUGAAGUCUAUAUACCAAUCAGAGAAGAUAACCGUCACCGACUUGCAUCUAGCAAUGGUAAAGGAAAAAGAAAAGAAUGGGACGGACAGCAGGAACAGGAGCAAGAGCAGCCACAACAACGAAUUCAACUCGAAGGCGUUAAAGGAGUAUAUUUUGUUGACAAGGGCAGUUAUCGUAUAUUAAUAUCAGACGAUGAUGACGCUAUCACUAAACUUACUGAUAAUGGAAUCAAUGGGAAAGAAAAGUUGUUUUUCGCUCGAAAACAAUGUCCUAAAAAGGAUCCUUCUACAUCAAUAAAAAAUUCCAAAUUGAAAGUUCCAUCGACGCAUAUUAAUAAAACAAGAGAAACAUUGUCCAGCUCGACUUCAGCUACGGAUGCCACGACAUCGUUGUCAUCAUCGUCGUCAUUCGUUGUCCCAAAUAGCUUGAUUGUUCCUGUUGAGAACGAUGUUAUCCGCACUGAAGUACCAGUAGCUAUUCGAGGCAACAACGAUGGUUUCAAUGGACCCAUAGACUUUUUCUAUAUUGACGGAUUCACGUAUUCAGCUGAAGUCAGUCCUCCUAAUUUAGAUGUGUUGAUUGGAUGCGAUUGUGAACCAGGUCAAUGUGGAAAACCUGGCAAUAGAUGUGAAUGCUUGGAAGAGAAUAAUUAUAAGCCUUAUUAUCAUAAAGGUGGAAAGCCUACCUUGAUUCCCUCAACAAUAAUCCAAGAAUGUAAUUCGGCCUGUUUAUGUGGUUCAAAGUGUUCGAACCGAGUAAUUCAACAUGGCAGAAAAAUCCCUCUCGAAAUAUACGACACUAAAAUCACCGGAUGGGGUGUAAAAUCGUCAAUCGAGAUACCAACCAACACAUUUAUCGACAUAUACACCGGACAUGUAAUCACAAAACAAGAAUCGGAACGAUUGGCCGAAAAAUACAGUACAAUGGGUAAAUCAUAUCUUUUUGAUUUGGACUUUAUCGAACCUGCACAUUACACUGUCGACGCGUUCUAUUACGGGAACGUUACGAGAUUUUUUAAUCACAGCUGUGAUCCGAACCUGGUCGUGUAUAUGGUGAUGACUGAUAACCCGAAUAUAUAUAUGCCGAAUAUCGCGUUCUUUUCUCGGCGUUAUAUCAGAGCUGGUGAGGAACUGACCUUUGAUUAUAUAAGAUUACGCGACAAAAAAGAAAUGAAUUUGAUGAAGGAGAAGAAUCGCAGUUGGAAUCCGUAUAAUGUGAUCUUACAACCUGGGGAAAUUUUGUGCAAGUGUGGCGCAAAUAGUUGUCGAAAGCAAUGCUGCUAUCAAGUAGUGUCUGACAUAUUACCAGGACAACUGUUACAAGUAAAUGUAAGUGGUACAAGUGCAACAGCAGCAAAAACCAAUUCUUAUCAUGCACUUGUCCAAUUCCCCCCGGAAUACGUGGUUCAAGGAGACCCAACCUCACCAUUCGCCACAAUCGCAUGCACAAAACAAGGACAGAACGGAUAUGAAUGUGACACGCAAAACUAUGAACGAUUUUUUGCCUCGUUCACGCUAACAAGUCCCAAUUCUGGCACACCCACAGUCGCCUUGACAUUAGCCGGUCAGUCUUGUCAACAACAAAAGUUCUGUUCUGAUCAAGUGGCCGCGUCCAAAGAUGAUGACAAUAUUUCGUUGGGCUUCUUGGGCAAAUGGCCGAAAUAUGUGGCGAUUAUUGUUGGAACGAUUGCUGCAGUUUUGUUAUCUGGUGGAAUUUAUUAUUUAUGGAGACGACAUAAUCCAAACGAUAAGUAUCGUGACAACUCAGAAAUCACUGACAUUGUUACUCCACAUGGCAAUAGUGGUGGUAAUGGUAAUAUUAGGGACUCAGGAGCCACUUUAUUGGGUCCGAUGAAACGUGGUAAUAAAUUAGCCGUUAGUCAUCGAUCAUUAAUAUCGAAAAUACCAGGAACAGCUUCUGGAUCAUCCACCGAUAAUGAAAAAAGACCUCGAGGGUUCUUUGAUGGAAAAAGAAAUAAAUCAUACAGACCGACGGAAGAUAAAAAUGACAAGAAUACACAUGGUAGUGGUGGAGGAGGAGGCGGUAACGUAGCUAUAGAAGUUUAUGGUAACAAAAAACAAGAAAAAGAUCUUGGAUCCGGACUAUCGGGAAGUCAAUUACCAAUGACAUCAGUCGUGGUAGACAUGGAUGAAAGUGUAUCCGAAGUGACUACUGAUGCGGAAAAUGACUUCAAACAAAGAGCUCGUGUUGCAGAUAUUAAAACAUUGCCUGCGGCAGUCCAUCGCGUUGCUAAUAAUAAUGAUUUAGCUCGUAAAGGUUCGCGAGGUCAGACUCACGAUCAGAAGACACUUGCAAGAUCAGCAACAGCAAUAAGAUCUUCAAGAGGAGAUAAAGAUCAUCGAGAUAAAGAAUAUCGAGAUACACGUCCACAUAAACAAUCAUCUUCACAAAAUCUAAAGGAACAAAGAGAAGGUCGGAGAGAAGAACGAAAUAAACCACGGAGAAUCCGAUCACUAUCUAAAACUCGUGAGAAUCAUCACACAUCAAGUCGUGAUCACAAAACAGAGAAAAAACGAGGUGAUGAGAAAAAAUCUUAUGCUGAAAAGAUAAUGGCUGAAGCAAAUACAACAUCGUUAGCAGAUUUAGUUCGUACGAGUCAAAAUAGACAUAAUAGUCGACCUUCAACCUCAACAUUAUCACGAUCAUCAAGUAAACGGGCAAAGAAACAUGGAAAGAAAAUACAAAGUGAUGGAGAUCAUUCAGAAUCAAACUUAUCUGAUGGUGAUAGUGAUAGUUCAUCUGAUCAACCACUAAGUGAUCGAUUACCGCUAGCGAUGAUUGCAUCUCCUGCUGCCUCACAAAAAUCACCACCACAAUCACCGACAGUUCCAAUUUUUGACUCUAAACAUUCCAAAAAUAUGACCACAAAAUCAUCAAAAAAUGGUAGUGGCACUAUCACAUUUAAUAUGUCUACAAUUCAGCCGGCUUCAUCAUCGUCAUCGAAACCGAGAGUCUCUUCCCAUAGUGAAGAUGAAGGAGGUAGUAGUAACAAUGAGGGAUACUAUGAAUCAAUCUUGGGUGAGGUUUUGAAUGCUUUUGAUCUCACCAACUCAGAAAUUAGUAAUUCUAGUAAUAUUAGUAAUGGAAGUGAAGAGAUUCCGAUUGGACAACGAUUACGAACUUUACGUGAUGAGAAGAAAAAAGGUUCUGGUCGAGAUGAAAAUAGUGCUAGUGAAGAUGAUGAGGUUCCUAUUGGAUUACAAAUGGGCAUUGCAAAAUGA